GAUCACCACUGUCAUGCAGCAUUGGAGUUUCCUUGGCUGCGCACGUCUCUUGCCGUCCUGCUUCUUCAAACCGCUUCUGGACGAUGCGGCCCAUGGACAAAAAUGUCUGGUAUCAAAGACAUUCGUGCGCGGCCCAGGCCGUACGUCUCCUCCACGCACUAGUUCGUUAGCCGCCUCACCUGAAUGAGCCAGCAUCCACCCAGAAACACUAACAGACGAGGACUGGUAUGAUUGUAAUGCACGAAAACCCAUUAGCUACUCUGCCUGCUCGGGAGGAGUCUAGCAGGCGUAAUUACCACCACGCCGUCCCUUUGGGUGACCUGCAGGGUCACAUGACUCACAGCUUCAGCAGCCAGUCGUUAGUCAUGUCUGAACCUGUCCCUCUGCAGAGCUGCGGUCUGGCUCACGUGGACGGUAGCGCCAAAAAAUGGAGAGAGAUGGGGCUCGACAGCAGCUCCCCCUGCGAGAUCUCCGAGUGUGACUCGGAGCAGAAUGGACACUGUGGAUGUUCAGACACGUCUGCGGGAACAGGUCAGGACACGGAGGUGUCGGGCCGGGACGGCGGAGCUGAUGCUCUCAGCGAUUGCCUGGUGGAGGAGCAGCUCAUGGCAGCUCCUGGUGUCUCCCCUGCGUCUGUAAAGGCGUCAGAGGACAGCUCCCAGGAUGUGAGAAUCGUGAAGCACAAGCCCAGUGCCAUAGUUUUCAGUGAUUACGAAGGCGGCCGGCUGAGCUUCGCCAACGGGAGCCCCGAUGGGACCGGCUACUCCUCGUCGACGUCUGAGGACGAUUUCCCCGAGACGUCGCAGUUCAAGGAGUUCCUGGUCAGCCGGCGGCGCAGAAAGCUGAGCAGGAACAGGAAGUGCACGAGGAGGAGACAGGAUGCCAAAGCUAACAAUGCCGCGUGUGAUUGGAUGAGGAGAACCAACAAGGGCAGACCUGAGUUCACAGGUGGUCGGGAGGAAGAGGCCUCGGAGCAAAACAAUGGAGGAGAGGCUGCGGCGUGCGAUUCCAUGGUCCUGCUGAUGAAGCGCCUCGAUCACCUCGGGGAGGGAAUCCGGGAAGUAGGAAGCGCCAAUUCCUCUGACUCAUGCGCUGCCUCUGCUGAGAGCACCACGGGUGCUGCGGUGGCUGGCAGAGCCGGUCAGGACCCGGAGACCUCCAAACCCGAGGCGCUGACCAGACGCCGCUCUCGACCUCUGACCCGCAGCAGACCGCUGACCCGCUCGUCCCUCUCGUCCCCCGCACAUCUCCAAGCUCGACGGGCCAGGGCCGCUGCGAAGAUGAACAUCGGAUCAGCAGAGAUUGAGGCGAAGGAGGCGUGUGAUUGGCUGAGAGCGGCGGGAUUUCCUCAGUACGCUCAGCUCUACGAAGAUUCCCAAUUUCCAAUUGAUAUUCCCUCAGUGAAGAAGGACCAUGACUUUCUGGACCGGGAUCUGGUGGAGCCUCUGUGUCGACGUCUGAAUACCCUAAAUAAGUGUGCCUCCAUGAAACUGGAUGUCUGCCACCCAAAGAAGAAGGGCGAUGACUCUGAUGAGGACGACCCGCUGGCCAUCAGUAAGCGCUGGACCUUCGAAUGGAGCAGCCGGCGUUGGUCUCGGCUGCAAGACUUCUUGUUGGACGGCACCAACGACAGCAGCCCGACAGGUCAGGGUGGCGGUCUGCACAGCACGGUGAGCAGCGAGAGCGUGCUGACGGAACUGAGCGAGCAGGAGAUCGCCGAGAUCUCCUCGCUCCACAGCGAGGACUCCGCCUCCGCCAUGCCCGACUCCAUAUCCAUGGCGUCGCUCUCCGCCUCCUAUCAGCCGCCGAGGGACCUGCCACACUACAACUCCCUGCCGAUCAAGAGCAGCCGCCACGGGCAAGGGGGGCGGAGCAAAGCCAAGGAGUUUUUGCGGCGGAUGGAAAUCAUGCGCACCUGGGGGCCGUCGACGAGGCGGAAAAGCUCAAGCCGCAGGCCCCCCCUGGUCAUCAGCGGGCCGGUGCUGCAGGGGGAGGAGCCUCAUGCGCUGCAGAUGCUCCAGUGCACUCCUAUCAGCCAGUUAGAGCACAACAAACACAACCACCAGCCCGACGGUGACGUUUCCCCUCCCCCCCUUAGCAAGGAUUGUGAAGACCCCUUCAUGGUGAGUGUGAGUCCCAGCGAGGAGACGGCAGUGGCCUGUGAAAAGGAGGCUGAGUGUUCGAAACCGCGCACCGCCAGCAAGAGGAGCAGCAAGUACCUGGAGGAUAUGGAGCUACCCUCUCUGGGAAAGAGGACCGAGGGUCAGAGCCAGUUUGGCAGAAACCAGUUUCACUCUUAUGAAAACCUCCUCAUUCACAUCCCCAAAGACCAUAAGCCAGGCACCUUUCCAAAAGCCCUCUCCAUAGAAAGCCUGGCGCCUUCCCCCAGCGAUCGGAACAGCAGCUCCCACAAACGCGGCCAAAUUCCCUCCCUUAACAAUGGCCUGGGUGAACCCUGGUCCGGUAAGCCUCUGUCUAAACCCACCUGUCCAUCAGCUCCACGGGGCAGCAGGGUGAGCGUCUACGACAACGUGCCCGGAUCCCACCUGUACGCCAGCACGGGCGACCUGCUGGACCUGGAGAAAGAGGACAACCUCUUCCCCCACCUGGACGAUAUCAUCCAGCACGUCAGCGGCCUGCAGCAGAUAGUGGACCGCUGGAGCCGCAGCGUGCUGCCCGAAGGGGAAACGGGAGAGGGCGAGGAGGAAGGGGAGGGCAGGACCACCCCCAGCGAAGGGGAGAGGGACGGAGUCUCCCUGAACGACACCGACUCCACGGGGACCAGCCGGGAGAGGCGGGACUCUGGAGUCGGGGCGUCCCUGACCAGACCGCGAGUGCGAUGGCCCAGUUUCAGAACCUCUGAUCAUCUCAGCCAGCCAGCGUCUUCUCUGCAGACCAGCAGCCAAUCAGCAGGCCAGCUCAGCCUGCUGCAGAAGUUUUCUUUACUGCGCCUCACCGCCAUCAUGGAGAAGUACUCAAUGUCCAAUAAACAUGGCUGGACCUGGUCUGUACCCAAGUUUAUGAAGCGCAUGAAGGUACCAGACUACAAAGAGAAGAGUGUGUUUGGCGUUCCCCUCAUCGUCCAUGUCCAGCGCUGUGGUUUUCCGCUCCCUCUGUGUUUACAACAGGCUCUCAGCCACCUCAGAACACACUGUCUGGACCAGGUCGGAUUGUUUCGCAAGUCGGGUGUGAAGUCUCGCAUUCAGGCCUUGAGGCAGCAGUGCGAGAUGUCCCCCGACUCCGUGAGCUACGAGGACCAGUCGGCCUACGACGUGGCCGACAUGGUCAAGCAGUUCUUCAGAGACCUGCCUGAACCUCUGCUAACAAGCAAGCUGGGGGAAACCUUCCUGCAUAUCUACCAGUAUGUCCCGAAGGAGCAGAGGCUCCAGGCCGUCAGAGCGGCCAUUUUACUGAUGCCAGACGAGAACAGGGAGGUUCUGCAGACGCUGCUCUACUUCCUGCGUGACGUCACUUCUCUGGUGGAGGAGAACCAGAUGACGCCCAUGAACCUGGCUGUUUGUUUGGGACCGUCGCUCUUCCACCUCAGCAUCCUGAAGAACGACACUCUGUCGCCAAGGUCAAUCCAGAGGAAAUACACCACAGGCCGUCCGGAUCAGAAAGACCUGAAUGAGAACCUGGCUGCAACGCAGGGCCUGGCUCACAUGAUCAUCGAGUGUCAGCGUCUCUUUCAGAUUCCAGAGGAAAUGGUGACCCAGUCUCGUAACUCCUACAUGGAGGCAGACCUGAUGGUGCUCCCGCUGGAAGAGCUCUACAAGGCUCACGAGGAGGAAGUGGACGUUGAGGUGGAAGAAGACGACGAAGAAGGGUCGUACCACGCUCACUCGGAAAGGCUGAUCCAGAGCCUGCUGAAAGAGGCCAAAGAUAAGAGCAAAGGAUGGGUGUCUCGCUCCACUUCUGACAACACAGAGCUGUCCUUUAAAAAGGUGGGAGAUGGUAACCCUCUGAGGCGGUGGCGAGUGUCCCUCGAGGUGUCGGCGUCUCCCUCUGAGGUGCUGCAGCGGCUGCUGAGGGAGCGAGCGCUGUGGCAGGCGGAGCUCCAGCAGGAGAAGGUCCUGGAGACGCUGGACAAGCAGACGGAUGUUUACCAGUACUCCUGCUGCAGCAUGGCUCCUCAGCCCAGCUGUGACUACGUGGUACUAAGAUCCUGGCGUACAGAACUGUGUAAAGGCUCCAGCGCACUGGUGUGUGUGUCUGUGGAACAUGAGGACAGCUCGCGCCUCGGGGGGGUCCGGGGCGUCGUGCUGGAGUCGCAGUACCUCCUGGAGCCCUGUGGAUCAGGGAGGACCAGGCUCACACACAUCUCCAGAGUGGACCUCAGGGGGAGAUCUCCAGAAUGGUACAACAAGGCGUUCGGCCACCUGUGUGUGAAUGAAGCUCAGAGGAUCCGCGCCUCUUUUCUACCUUCAGAUCAGACGAGCCCAGAGGCCAAAAACUGAGCCUCAGAAGUGAAGCUUUAUCUUGGUCCGCACUGCCAGAGCAGCUGGGCCGCAGAGCCAGACACCCAGAGGGGUGAUGAACCAGGCUGUGGGCUUUGGUCUCAGAUCACGGUGUACCGUCGUAUAGAGCUUCGCUUUACCCUACUGUACUGAGUCCAAACACAGAGAGAGAGCCACGGUCUUCCAACAACAUUGACAUAUCUAUUUAUAUUUUGAAUUUACACCAUUUCAACCAUGAAACUUUUGUUGGUUUCAAGUCCCGGAUGAUAAAUGAGUAUUUUACCUCUCUUUACACAGUAUUUUUUAUGUAUUUUCCUUAUUUAUUGUUGAAGAUCAGUCUCUAAAUCGUCACUGUUUUGUCCAAUAACUUGGAAAAAAAAAAGUUAAAAACCAGCAUCAAUUACGUAUAAUCAUUAGAUUAAUACUAUAUUGCCUGAGCUAAUGUUUAAUCUGUAAUGUUAAAGUUAGAUAUCAUUCUAAUAUCUUCUGUAUGAUGUUCCACAUGCAUGGAUCAGAUUUUUUAGUAAUAACAGUUAAUCAUAAAAUCACACAAUAAGAUAAAACAUUUUUUUACAAUUGUUUUCCUUACAAUGACAUGGCCGACCAGUGGAAUCUGAAUUUAACUGUUCAAAUAUUUAGACUACUGACUUUAUCUCAGUCAAAUUUUGGAGUCGCACAAACAAUUACAACAAGUGUCAAGCAAAAUGUAUUAAAUGAACCAAGUCUAAUUUAUUAUCCAUCCUUCAAUUGAAGCAUUAUGAAAGUGAUUUAUUCCUUAAUCCAUAGGUUUACAAUCAUACAUACACAUUAAAAAUUUACUAUUGUUUACAAUCUCUCAGAUACUGAACACAAAGACCUGUGUGGAAUAAAUAGCUCAGGUAAGAGAAAACAGCUGUUGAUGUUCAGUCAUUCAAAACUAAAAUUAACUGACAAAAGUUUCGUAAAUGCACAAAGAUCUGACAGUAUAAUAUAUUUACACGCUAAACAAUCUCAGACGUGACUGAAACAAUGGGGAAAAAGUGAUAGACAUUAUAAAAUAAAUCAUUGAGCAAACUGGAAUACGUUAAAUGACAUGAUGAUGACAAAUUGAUCAAAAAGAUCAAUUUCCACAAGGAAAAUCACCCAAGUAUCAUAUUUGGCAGCUGUCUCCUUGCUUAGAAUGGCCACAGAACAAAACAGCAUCUGAAAGAACUGAGUAAAAACCUUGAUGCUUGUAAAACAAAUAGAAAGAUUGCGUUAAAUGAGACCAGUACAGUGUGGGUAUAUGUCGGCACUGCGGUGUGACGGGUGCACUGGAUCAAUGAGGGAUCUGAUUCACAUAAAGGGGAAACACUCAUCGGGUCCAUAAGCGUGCUGAACAUAUUUUGGAUAUCACUGUUGAUUUAGUUCUCUUUCACUAUUUUCAGUGUUAAUCUAAAUUUUAAAGUUAUUAUUGUCAUCAUAUCUGUGUGUAAAGCAUCACUGUUGUGUUUAUUUUUGCUGUCAUGUUAUACAAUGUCUAAGACAUGAGACCAUUUCACUGCUUCUGGGAAGCAUGGUUUGAAACUUUGUGUGUGUAUGCGUGCGUGCGUGUGUGGUUGAGCCCGUGUAUCUGCAUUUGAAAUACAUGCACAGCCUUUAAUGUAAAUAUCCACAAUGCUUUUCUGUGCCAGCAGAAUGGACAUUGUCGUGUUUCAGGGUCCUCCUAUCAUAUUGAUAUGCUGAAAUGUGAACACACGCCGUGCUACUAAAGUAGACUCAGCAGCUUGGUUCGUCACGGCGCCGCCUUGGCGUUCUUUUCUUUCAGCUGUAGGCAACAUUGCUAUGGUGUUAAAUGAUGUAAAAUCUCUACAGUGCCACCAUAAUCCUGACUGGAUGCCAUUUUUUAGAGGCUGUGUGUGCGUGCGUGCGUGCUUGUGUGUGUGAGAGAGAGAGAGAGCAGCCAGAAAACAGACAUGCAAGUGACUGACGUGAGCUCUCGACUGUGUGCGGAGAGGCUUCAAUCGUAGCUGAGUAUCUGAGACCAGGAUGAUUCGUGUUUUGUUUGCUUGUUUCUGACAAAGCGAUGGAAAACGGAAUCGUCGUUUCUGAACGAGAAAAUAAAAGAAAAUGAAAGUUGAAUAAAAGUU